AUGGGCUGGGCAGCGACGACAACCAUCAUUUCGGCGCCCGAGGCGGCUGCCAAACGCGCGUGGACGACCCUCCAGAGCAAUUUCGAAAGCUACAGAGAAGGCGAAUGCGGUUCCUAUGAGUUGGAUGCGGGCCUCGCUAUGGGCAAGGGGCAGGAGCUCAGCGCCAUGCGGCACGUCGGCAGCAAACUUGGCCUUUUCGCCCGCGGCGAUAUACCAUCGGUCGCGAGUCAGCCACCAGAUCCACGGGUCCAGCUCCUCUCUGCAGAUGAAGACGAGGGCUUCCACUACUGGUGGAUGGCGCCUGCGAGCGCCUUGCUGGAGUCCGGUGGCAGCACGUCCGCCGCUUCGCAGCCCGGUGCAAUUAGUCUGGCUUGCAUCAAAUGUGGCGCAAGCGUGCACCUGCGGGGUGCACAGUUUUGUGGCACCUGCGGCGAGCGGCUUCCGUCGACCAGCGAAGACGCGGGACGCACCGGCCUCCUCGUCCGUCUCCGCCGCGAGCUCGGCCAGGCAAUGCAAGCGGUCAGCUACGCGCAGCCGGGGGUGCGCCAGGUGGAUGGCACGUCUGGUAUGCUCUUCAAGCACAACGGGCCACACAGGCGGCGCGCCGACGAGUACGCGUUGCCAGGAUGGUGCAGCUACGGCUCGAGCUGCAGAUACCGCCACCCGCGCUACCCGGCCGGCUGCCGCCGGGACUGCCUCGAUUGUGGCUUCGCCGUGCGGCAGGCACUCAAGCUCUGCUCGGAGCACCUUGGUGAGGUGGAGGAUGCGCUACAGAUUGUCCGGCAGCCUUUCGUCUCCGAUGGCGAGAUGAUUGCGGCCGCCGCCCAGCGCGAGCAGGUGGCCGGCGUCGCCGGUUUCCUUACGCGUGCGGCGGCUCUAGGCCAUUUUGUUCUCAUCAACCACGACAACGAAGGCUGCUGA